AUGCGAAAACGCGGUCAGGACAGCCUGGCAGGACUUGUGCUGUAUGUAGGACUCUUCGGGCACCCCGGGAUGCUGCACAGGGCCAAGUACAGCCGUUUUCGGAAUGAGUCCAUCACGUCCUUGGACGAAAGCAGCCCCGGAGGCUCGGUGGGGAACAAGGGCUCGCCUCAGCCUCCCUACCCCACCCUGGCACCUCACCUGCCGGCUGACGAUGCCACCCUGGCGUCCCAGGAGAGCCCCACCCCACUGUGCACCUUGAUCCCUCGCAUGGCCAGCGUGAAGCUGGCCAACCCAGCCACCUUGCUGAGUCUGAAAAACUUUUGCUUGGGUACCAAAGAGGUGCCCCGGCUGAAGCUCCAGGAAAGCCAGGACCCGGCUCCCAGCGGCCCAGCUUCCCCUGAGACCCGUCUAAAUAGGGCUGGGUCCGCACCUCCACCGCAGCCAGACCUGGUGGGGCACAGGGCAGCUGUCUUAACUCCCGAUGCCUGUCCCCUUCCUGGCCCUGGGGAGCCAAGCCCAGGGAGCAGGCAGGACAGGCACUUUCUGCAGCACCUGUUGGGGAUGGGCAUGAACUACUAUGUGAGGUACAUGGGCUGUAUUGAAGUACUGCAAUCAAUGAGGUCACUGGAUUUUGGAAUGAGAACCCAAGUAACAAGGGAAGCAAUAAGUCGUCUGUGUGAAGCUGUCUCUGGGGCAAAUGGAGCCAUUAAAAAGCGAAAGCCUCCAGUUAAGUUCCUAUCUACAGUACUUGGCAAAAGUAAUCUUCAGUUUUCGGGAAUGAAUAUUAAACUGACCAUCUCAACAUGCAGCCUCACAUUGAUGAAUAUUGACAACCAACAGAUUAUUGCAAAUCAUCAUAUGCAGUCUAUUUCAUUUGCCUCUGGAGGGGAUCCUGAUACUACAGACUAUGUCGCCUAUGUAGCUAAAGAUCCAGUUAAUCAACGAGCCUGUCACAUAUUGGAAUGCCGCAGUGGAAUGGCCCAAGAUGUCAUAAGCACCAUAGGGCAGGCUUUUGAACUCCGGUUUAAACAGUAUUUGAAAAAUCCUUCUUUGAAUACUUCUUGUGAAAGUGAGGAGGUGCCCACUGAUGGUCCCGUGGAGGAGAGAGAAGACCACGAGUACUACAAUGAAAUCCCCGGGAAGCAGCCACCUGCGGGGGGUGUUUCCGAUGUGCGGAUCAAAGUCCAAGCCACAGAACAAAUGGCUUACUGCCCCAUACGGUGUGAGAAGUUGUGCUAUUUGCCUGGAAACUCCAAGUGUAGCAGUGUAUACGAGAACUGUUUAGAACAAAGCCAGGCAACAGGUAAUACACUGGAGAGAGGAGUGCAGUCCCAUCGAGAUGCCUCAUUAAUGAAGCACACCUGUCGAGUGGAUUUCUUCAAUGACCCCUGCUACAUAAAUACACAGGCUCUUCAAAGUACACUUGGCUCUGCCCCAAAUCAAAGCUCAGCUCACCCCCUGGGGAGCCCAUGGCACCGUGAAAAAGUGCCAGAAACUGUUCAGCCAGGUGCCACGGCCCAGCCUGCCAGCUCACAUUCUUUGCCCCAUAUUAAGCAGCAGCUGCGGAAUGAAGACUGCUACCAUGGCAAGCUGAGCAGGAAGGCAGCAGAGAGCCUCUUGGUAAAGGAUGGGGACUUUUUGGUUCGAGAGAGUGCAACAUCUCCUGGCCAGUAUGUGCUAAGUGGACUACAGGGAGGCCAGGCAAAGCAUCUUCUCCUGGUGGAUCCUGAAGGCAAGGUAAGGACCAAGGAUCAUGUAUUUGAUAAUGUCAGCCACCUUAUCAGAUACCACAUGGAUAACAGUUUGCCAAUCAUCUCUUCCGGAAGUGAAGUAAGCCUUAAACAACCAGUGAGAAAAGAUAAUAAUCCAGGACUUUUGCAUUCCAACAAAUGACAAUUUGGAAGUACCAUCACACUGGUAUUUCAAGAAAGUUCAUUUUGUGUUAGG